GGCACGCGGGUCAUCCUGGUGUAGAAAAGACGAAGAUGGUGGCCCGGUCCCACGUUUGGCGGCCUGGCCUGGACCAGGACAUCACUCACAUGGUGCAGAGCUGCCAGGUCUGCCAGGAGCACCAGCGGGCCUCACGUCAUAUGGAGAUCACCCCCUGGCCGCUCCCACAGAGACCCUGGUCCCGCUUGCAUGUGAAUUUUGGGGGUCCCUUCAAGAGCCACUACUUCCUGGUAGUGGUGGACGUCUUUUCGAAGUCGGUGGAGGUCCUACCUGUCACUACUCCUUCAGCAAGCGCGACCAUUGCGGCGCUGCGACAGGUCUUCGCCGCCCAGGGGUUGCCGGACGUCAUCGGGUCCGACAAUGGCCCCGCUUUCGCCAGCACAGAGUACCUGGCCUGGCUGACAAAGAACGGAAUUCGCCAGAUGAUGGUUCCGCCGUACCACCCUGCGUCAAACGGUGCAGCCGAGCGGGUGGUACAGACAAUGAAGCACAAGCUGAAAAAGAGUAAGGCUUGA